AUGCCUCCGAAGCUUACUCCAACACACUUCCUCUGCAUACCCCUCACAGGGGCGCAGCUGGCUGCAGCUCUUGCGGCGUUCCGGGCUGAUGUAACGAGCGCCAUGAGCUUUGGUCUGCCCGAGGAUGCAGUGCGGCCUUUGGGGACACUGCACUUGACACUGGGCGUCAUGGCUUUGAAGAGGGACGGUGUAGAGCAGGCAGUGGAUAUACUCAAGGGUCUGAGGCUGAGAGAUAUACUCGCGGAGACGAGUGUCAAUAGUCAGUCAUCGACAGCUGAUGGCCUCGCCUUGACAAUACGAGGGCUUCAUUCAAUCCAACCACCAGCCAAAGCAGCCGUUCUAUACGCAUCUCCUUCGGACCCAGAGGGCAUUUUGUAUGAUUUCUGCAAGCGGCUGCAGAGACCAUUUCAAGAAUCUGGGUUGAUGAUUGACGAGAACCGCCCCUUGCUACUUCACGCUACCAUCAUCAACACCAUAUAUGUCAAGAACAAUGGCGGCGGCGGCGGAGGAAGAGGGAAGAGGAGGGAAAGGCUGACGAUUGAUGCCCGCAGUCUCCUGAGUAGGUAUGAUGACUACCUGUGGGCCGAGAAGAUGCCCGUCACUCGCGUGGCGCUGUGCAGGAUGGGCGCCAAGCCGAUUCCAGGGACCGACGAUGCGGCGUACGAAGUUGAGGCGGAGGUUGAGUUUGAGCCUUGA